UCUAAGAUAAUAUUUAUAAACAUGGUGGUCGAGAGUAGUCAACCUUUUACAGCUUGAAACCAUGGCUGAUGACGGACUGCUUUUAAAUCUUUGCUCUAAUGGUGAAGGGGAUAAAGAAAUUUAUCGGGAAAGUAAAGAUAGAAAAUCGAAGUGGAAAGAAAGAAAGUUACAGAAAAGACAACAAUAUCUAAGGCCACAUGUGAGGGGAACCUUUCACAAGAAUGCAGCUUCUGUAUCUGCUAAGCCAUUACGACACCCUCAGAGGAGAUCUACACCUUUUCCAAAUAAGCCCAUCCAAGGAUCUGAGGAGGAAAAAAGAACUUCAGCAAAUGUACGUCUCUUUCAUUCAUGCGGCAAAAUCUUGUUACUGCUAUCACAACCCUCUAAUGGAUGAGCAA